CUAUCUGAAUUAUCCGUUCACAGCUCGACUUGCCUGGCAAGCUCUUUCGCCUUGUUCAAAAGCUACCACCAGUCUCACGAGCUCCCCGUCACCUCCAGCAUACACCCACGGACAUAAGCCCAACCCACCUGUACUUCUCCUCCCCAAGUCCCCACCAUGCCCCUCACCGCGCACGACUCCAUCUCCUUCCCCUCUUCCCUCCCCUCGAGCAUCACUUCUCGCUCCGCUCCACUCUACCUCAUUUUCCACUCCUCCCCCUGGUCAUCCGUCACCUCAACCUGGUGCCCAGACUGCCGCAACGCCCGUCCGGCUUUCACUGACUCCUUCGAGGGGGAGGAGAAGCCCGAGGCAUGGGCCAUGAGUACGGACUUUGGCCCGUGGAGGGCGAACAAGGGUGAGAAGGGGAAGCAGCACCCUUGGAGGGAGGAGAGGGGAGCUGGCGGGUGGGGAGUUUGGAGCGUGCCUACUAUCAUUAGGUGGGAGGGGGGCAAGGAGACGGGACGAGUUGAGGACACGGACUGCCAGGAUGUGAAGAAGGUCAGGGCGCUUGUUGCGGGCAAGUGAGGGCAAAGAGAGAAGUGGACAGCCGAUCGUGAUCCUGAAUGCCA